CCCUGCCUAUAGCCCAAGUGGUAGUUACCUUAACGCUUGGCCUGAGGAUGCUCAGUGCACCUCAACCAGCAAUUGCGCAUUCAACCUAGACUUCGCCAACUAAUUCGGCACGUUGACCACUUGUUGACUCUCUCACGUCGUUGCCGUGCCACAUCUACAAUACGCCAUGCGUGAACGAAUUACCUUUGUCCAGAAGCUGGGUGAUUCCAUCGAUCCUUCGACGCUCAAGGUCACCGACGGCGUUCUCAGCGGCCCCGAGGUGCAGGCUGUCCUCGAAGACAGACUGACAAUUGCACUGGACGAGCUACCCACCGAGCUACACACACUACUCAACAGUGUCCACGAGCUACAUGUUCGAUGGGUCAGCCCUGUCGCUUAUGAGGCCGUGAGCCCACUGCUAUCGCGCCUACCCCCGGGCUUCCACUUAUUCUUCACUCCGGCAAGAGGUGAUGUCGACGCGUCAGAUAAUCUAUGCCCAACUCUCGCCCACGUAUUUGGGGACAUCGCGUGCUCAACCCCAGCUGAUUCCUUCACGCCGCUGCAAAAUGACCGCUUCUCUCACUCCUCCGCCUUCCAGUACUUCCAGCCUCUGGAGAGUCUGUCCCACUUCAUCGCAUAUGCCCAGGACCAACUAUGUCCGCCAUCAGACGCCUUGUGCGCCGCAAGGCUGAACAGCCUGGUCCUGGCAAGCUCACUGGACCUCUCAUAUGACACUAUUUCACACACGCUCAAGAUAACGGCACUCUGGCCGUACCAGAAACAAGCCGUGCACGCCAUAUCCUGGCCGGAGCUGAGGACCGAAGUGGGAGUGCUGUCAGGGGAAAUCCCCCCAAACCUUGAGCCUCACGAGGUCGGUCUAGCCGGCCUUCUUACGGUCCUGGGCCAAGACACAAAGCCCUCGGCAACUAUGUUCGCGGUUCCAUCAAGGCACCGGGACGCAGAGUCCAAGUUCUCUGCGAGGUUCUUAGAGCCGACCGGCACCCACCCCACCCUCCAGAUCCAGCUUGAAUCGAACAAGCCGCCAUCAGGCGGGUCAUAUUGCUCGGCCCAUGCGUACUUUACUCUGCCCAAAUCCAUAUUUGCUGAUAAGUAUCAGCUCGCAGACGACUUGUUCCUGGCCUCCAAGAACUUGACCGCACUUCGAUACAUCUCGCAGCCCGUGGACCUUGAAGCGCCCGAGUACGUCAUGAAACAGUGGGGGUCGGCUGUGCUUCUCGAGCUCUCGCCCCCAAAGAGCGACAAACCCCAGCCGUGGACAACCGAGGUCCCCCUGCAUCUACGCUACCUUGCUCCUUCUCCAGGUGGCUACGAGAACAUACAAGUCCCGUAUCCAGCUGUCUUCUGGGCUUGCACGGCUGAGGAGGGCACUAAGUUCCCGACCAACCCCUUUGAGAGGGUCAACCUGGGGUACGACGGCCUAUUUGGGCCACGUACCGUGUUCUGGCACGUCGACCCCCGCCCCGUUAGCGGCAGCAACCGAAUUACAAAUACCAUCAAGGUGCCCGUCUUGGAUCUUGAUAAAGCAGGCUGGGUCAAUGGCGUUACAGCUAUAACUGUUUUAGUUGGGUUUGCUUGGGUUGCGUGGAAGCUGGCGGCAGUCUAUGUGAAAUCGGGCUAUGGUAGUGCGCCAUCCUCAGGGACGUCUAGUCAGAUCGGGGACAAGAAGCGGCAGUGAAUGAUUGGGUUUUUCGCUAGUCUGAGGUGUUAUUGGGGGCCGGGUCCUAUGGACCAAUCUGCACCAGGCUGCACUGUUGGAUAUUGAGAUAACAAUGGUAAUUAUUCUGUGAUAAUGUGUUCCUAGGCGCCUUUGUAUCUCGUUCUUAGUUUCGUGUUGAUGAUGACAUUGCCCAUGUUUAUUUCGCACACCAUACGAAGUUGCUUCUCAG